AUGGAGAAUGGACACCUAAGUCACGACGAAACUGGUGUCAUUGCUAUCAAGUUGGGUAUGUCACAGAUAUGGGAUACACUUGGUCGUCGUAUUCCUGUAACUUUACUACAGGUAGUUGACAACCAGGUUGUCAUGGUGAGAACUGAAGAGAAGGAGAUUAUUAAACCAGUAUUAGGUCAAUACACAAAAGCAGAAGUGACUCCAAAACGUACUCUCCAAGAAUUUAGAGUAACCAAAGAUGCUCUAUUACCUGUUGGAACACCACUGGUUGCAUCUCAUUUCUUAGUAGGACAAUAUGUCGAUGUCUGCUCCAAAACGAUUGGUAAAGGAUUUCAAGGCGUCAUGAAACGACAUGGUAUGAAAGGACAACCUGCUUCUCAUGGAGUUACUAAAACUCAUCGUAAAAUGGGAGCUACUGGAGGAGGAGGGGGUAGAGGAGAGAGGACAAAACAGGAUCCUGGUCGUAUUUGGCCUGGUAAAAGGAUGCCUGGUAGAAUGGGUGGUAAAAGAGUCACAAUGAAGAACCUAAUGGUUUACCGUAUAAAUCAUCGUUUUAAUGUUAUUUAUGUCAAGGGUGUACCAGGACACACAAAUACUUACGUCAGAAUUACAGAUGCAAUACGUCGACCUCAUAAGACUCCGCCUCCUUUCCCUACCUACUUCUUCGACUGCACAGGACCAUGCGUUACUCUUGAAGAAAACAUAUGCUGA